CGCUUCCUUCUGGAAGGUUCGUGAAGGCAGUGGGUACUUUCCGUUACUCCGAGGACGGCAGUGAUCCGCAUCCAUCCGUCUUUCCCCAUACCCGCACAGACCCAGCGGAGGUCGCCAUGCCAGAGAACGUACCCCCUCGGAGCGGGGCGCCUGCUGGGACUGCCGGCGGCCGCGGAAAAGGCGCUUAUCAGGACCGCGACAAGCCCGCCCAGAUCCGCUUCAGCAACAUAUCCGCGGCCAAAGCUGUUGCUGAUGCUAUUAGAACAAGCCUUGGACCAAAAGGAAUGGAUAAAAUGAUCCAAGAUGGAAAAGGGGAUGUGACUAUUACAAAUGAUGGUGCCACCAUUCUGAAACAAAUGCAGGUGUUACAUCCAGCAGCCAGAAUGCUGGUAGAGCUGUCUAAGGCUCAAGAUAUAGAAGCAGGAGAUGGUACCACAUCGGUGGUCAUCAUUGCUGGUUCUCUCCUGGAUUCCUGUACUAAGCUUCUUCAGAAAGGGAUCCAUCCAACCAUCAUUUCGGAGUCAUUCCAGAAGGCUUUGGAAAAGGGUAUUGAAAUCUUAACUGAUAUGUCUCGACCUGUUGAACUGAGUGACAGAGAAACUUUGCUAAAUAGUGCGACCACUUCAUUAAAUUCAAAGGUUGUCUCUCAAUAUUCAAGUCUGCUUUCUCCAAUAAGUGUAAAUGCAGUGAUGAGAGUGAUUGACCCAGCCACAGCUACUAGUGUAGAUCUUAGAGAUAUUAAAAUAGUUAAGAAACUUGGUGGGACAAUUGAUGACUGUGAGUUGGUGGAAGGGUUGGUUCUCACCCAAAAAGUGGCAAAUUCUAGCAUAAGCAGAGUUGAAAAGGCUAAGAUUGGGCUUAUUCAGUUUUGCUUAUCUGCUCCAAAAACAGAUAUGGAUAAUCAAAUAGUAGUUUCUGACUAUGCCCAGAUGGACCGAGUGCUGCGAGAAGAGAGAGCUUAUAUUCUAAAUUUAGUGAAGCAAAUCAAAAAAACAGGAUGUAAUGUCCUUCUUAUACAGAAAUCUAUUCUAAGAGAUGCUCUUAGUGAUCUUGCGUUACAUUUCCUGAACAAAAUGAAGAUUAUGGUGGUUAAAGAUAUUGAAAGAGAAGACAUUGAAUUCAUUUGUAAGACAAUUGGAACCAAGCCAGUUGCUCAUAUUGACCAAUUCACUGCUGAUAUGCUAGGUUCCGCUGAGCUAGCUGAGGAGGUAAAUUUAGAUGGAUCUGGCAAACUGCUCAAGAUUACAGGCUGUGCAAGCCCUGGAAAAACAGUUACAAUUGUUGUCCGUGGUUCUAACAAAUUGGUGAUUGAAGAAGCUGAACGCUCCAUUCAUGAUGCCCUGUGUGUUAUUCGCUGUUUAGUAAAGAAGAGAGCUCUUAUUGCAGGUGGUGGUGCUCCAGAAAUAGAAUUGGCCCUACGGUUAACAGAAUAUUCACGUACUUUGAGUGGUAUGGAGUCCUACUGCGUUCGUGCUUUUGCAGAUGCUAUGGAAGUCAUUCCUUCCACACUAGCUGAAAACGCAGGCCUGAAUCCCAUUUCUACAGUAACAGAGUUAAGAAACCGGCAUGCUCAAGGAGAAAAAACUACGGGCAUUAAUGUCCGAAAGGGUGGAAUUUCCAACAUUUUGGAGGAGCUGGUUGUCCAGCCUCUGUUGGUUUCGGUCAGUGCUCUGACCCUGGCAACCGAAACUGUCCGGAGCAUUCUGAAGAUUGAUGAUGUGGUAAACACUCGAUAAUCUAGAUAAUACUGGGAGACUAACACUGUUAUGGCCACUGAUACGGCAGCUGGAGCGGAAGGUCAUCCAUCACCGUGGUAUUGUUGUUUGGAAGAUUGUUUCCUCUUUGAAUUCCUGGGUAUGGGCCUCCAGUUGGUAUUUGCUUGACAUUGUAUUGACACAGUUUAAUGAAAAUAUUAAAUAUUUGGUUUCAAAAAUCAAAUUAUUAGAUCUUCUCCAGUAUUCUGUUAUUUCUGAUACUCUUAGAAAAUAAGAACUA